CCGGGUUCUAGGGCUUAUAGACAACCUCUCAUCUUGCUGAAGAAAGCAGUGGCGGUGGCGGUGGAGAGACUUGGCCCACAGGAGUCCCUCUGGGCCUGGCUGGUGACACCUUGGCGGUUACCCGCAGCCACACCUUCCUCUUGACAUGUUGGGUCCCAAGAUCGGUGUUGCUGUCCUGCUGACAGUCUUGCAGGUGGCCUAUGGACAGAAGGUGAACAGCCUGACUGCUUGUCUGGUGGACAAGACCCUGAGGGUGGACUGCCGAUUUGAGAAUAACACCAAGACCCCACUUCAAUAUGAGUUCAGCCUGACCCGAGAGAAACAAAGGCACGUGCUGAACUCCACCAUGGGAGUUCCGGAGCAUGCCUACCGGAGCCGGGUCAACCUCACCAUCUCCCAGAACUAUAUGGCCCUCUAUCUGAAAGACUUCAGCCAAAAGGAUGAGGGUGUCUAUGCUUGUGAUCUGCGUGCUUCUGGGAUCCCCAGUUCCUUCACUACCAAGAACAUCACUGUCUACAAAGAUAAACUGCAAACCUGUGGGGUCAUGAGCCUCCUAGUUCAAAACACUUCCUGGCUGCUGCUGCUGCUGCUCUCCGUCCCCCUCCUCCAGGCCACGGAUUUUGAGUGCCUGUGAUUGACUGGGAGACACAGAGGAGAUAGUAAAGAUGAGGCCAAACCCCAGGAGCACCCCCUCUCUUUCUCUCUCUGAGCCGGCUGUCCCACUACACCCCCCCACACACACACAUCCCUGGGGAGGUGAGAGGAGGCAGGGAACCCACCCCUAUAGAGGAAUCCUAGAUCCGCAUGCCAUCAUUCACCUACUCUCUUCUUCCACCUUGCUGCCCCACACCCCACACUCCCCCUACCCAGUACUCCCAGCUGCAUUUUUGUAUUUGCCAUUCCAGGGCUGUUUCUGUGAUUCGUUGGGGGAUGUUUUUCUUCUUUUCUUUCCUUCAGAAGUUUAUAAAGCAGGGAGCAAGGGGGAGGAGAAGAGACCAAGCCAGCUUUGGGAUUGGCUAGGACUGAUUUGCUGUGACCUCAAGAAAGAGAGGCUCCACAAAGGAUAGAUGGGGUCGGGGGGGAGAAGAGGGCACUUAGAAUCUUCUGUCCCUGCCUGAGUUUGGAAGGACAGAGAAUAAUAUAGGGGAAGUAGGAUGUGGAAUGUGUUAUGUGACGGGAGCAUUCCCAGAGCCAAGGUGGGAGAAACAUCUGGACCAUUCGUAACUUAAAGGAGAUGGAGUUUCUGGGUUUCCCAAAUCUGCCAUAUUGGCUUUACUGGGCUGAAAAAAGUCCCACAGAGAAUGAUCAGCAGGAAAUAUCUCCAUCUUAAACAUUAGAAAUCUCCUGGAUUCCUCUGGCAAGAAGCCUAGCAGUGAAUGCAGAAAGACCUAGAGAGUGAGGAGGAAAGAGGAGGUGAGGGGGAGAGCAAGGGAAAGCUGUUUUAACUGAUUUAACUACAUUUAACUAGCUCUAGUUCCCUCUAGUCUCUGCAUGGAACCCUAAUGAAUGGGGGUCUAGGGAAAAGAUAGUAAAUCUCCCAGCAUUGCCACCUCUGUUACAUCCAUCUUCUUCACCCUUCCCCCAACCCCCCUUUCACAAAGGCUUCCAGAAUUCAAACCCAGGAGCUGAUGAGCCAAGUCAGACUGGAUUCUUCUACAAGAAGGGAGCCUCCUAAUUAAAGAGACUAGGUUGUAAACUAACGGUCUAGGUCUGGGUGGUAGCCAUGUCCCUGAGAUAGUACCCCUUCUGGGACAUCCCUGUCCCCCUCCCCUAUGAACUGAACUGCUCAGGAAUCUUUCUGGUGACAUCACAGACCCAAGCUGGAGUUUUCUGAGGAAUACAAUGGAGAAAGACUGAUAAAUGGUGCCAAUCUUUGUGAAAUGAGGUCUAAAAUCAGAACCCAACUCCCCACAAUCACUGGCAUUGCUGUCUUGUCCUGUGAUCAUGUGUAUCAUCUCCACAGCUUGUUGUUUUAUGGCAUCUAGCCAAGGGAAAACAAAACUACACAAUAAAAUCAAGCCUCU